AUUUACAUUUCUAAGGGUCCUGUCUACAACUGAACUGUUUCCAAGAGAGAAAAAGAUUUAACAGACGCACCUUGAUAACAAGAGAGGUUAUCUGAAAAUGAACUGAUGCUUUUUUCUCCUACUGAGGUCCAUCUGAAGAACAACUUGCCACAGAGAAGUAGCGUUCAAGACUGAUUUUGAGGUCUGGACAAGGCAGAAAUACCAGAGGGACUGUCCCGUGUGCGGAGCAUUAUGGCCGAGCCGGACUAUAUGGAUGGGGACAGUGAUGAACUCAUUAAACCCAAGAAACUCAUCAACCCGGUGAAGACUUCCAGAAAUCACCAGGAUUUGCACAGAGAACUCCUCAUGAACCAGAAAAGGGGCCUUGCUCCUCAAAAUAAGCCAGAACUCCAGAAGGUGAUGGAGAAUAGGAAGAGAGAACAGGUGUUGAAGGCUCAGAAAGAUGAGCAAGAGGCCCACAAGAAAAGAUCAGACCUUGAAAUUGAACUCAUGAAGAGACGGGAGACACUUGAACAGUUGGAACAGGAGCAACAUAAGAUUGAAGAGGAGCAAGAAAACACCCCAGAGUUCAUCAAAAUGAAAAGCAAUCUGAGGAGAACCAAACAGGAAGUGGAUGGGCAGGAGCGUGCCACCUAGAAACAGUUUCCAUGGCACAUUUGUUGAAAUGACAACCAGACUGUGGUUUGAGGGGAUUUCUUGGUGUUCCUCCCCCAUGUGUCUCUGUGAAACACUUGACUGUAGAUGAUUGGUUCCUACUGUCUGCUUGCAGACACAACCAGUAUUCUCAGCCUCUUGUCCUGAACAACAAUCGCAAAUAAAGAGGAUGCAUUUAUACACACACACACACACACACACACACACACACACACAAAUCUUGCACAUGCCACUGGUUGACUGGCUUCAAAGAACAUGCAUGGCGGAACAAGGAGAGUAAAUACGAUUUUGUUGUGGGGGAGGUCUUUUUUAUGUUUGUUUUUUUGGAAGGGGAAUUUUUUACAAUUUUUAUUUUCAAAAGCCGAAAUGGGACACUGGAUGGACUCUUUUAAGCCAAAACAAUGCUCUUUUAUUUAUGCUCAGUUUAAGUUUGUUAAAGUUUAAGUUUUUGUUCAAAAUAUCUCAAGUUCAAAACUCACAUUUUAUUCUUGGUUGAUGAUUUAAAAAAAGGGAAAAAAGAAACCUAAAUAUAAAAUUCCAGCAGUGCAGGUUUUGCUUGUGCGAUGCACCAUGCUUACUUUUACUUAUUAAAUUGUUAUAUUUGUGCUCUCCCAAUGCUAAAUUUAAUAAGCAAUACUAGUUUUAGGUUUGUGAAUUUUAUUUUACGAAUGCUUUGUUAUACUUUUUUAAUGACUAUGUUACUAAUAAGUUAAUACUCUUUAGUUCAAAGUGAUAUUCAAUGCAAGGGCAUCCGUUUUCCUUCACUUGAAUGAAUGGUAGUUGUUUUCAAUCAGAAAAGGAAGAGAACAUGAGAUGUUUAUUAAGAGAGACACUUGGUUUUGUGUAGAUUUGAGCCAAUACGUAACCACUCCUUGUGUUCCCUUAAACCUUCUUUUAAUAAAUAUUAUUUUAUCAUGUUGAAUUAUUUAAUUCUAUCUCUGUUUGAAUCUCUGUAUGUACAAGUAGCCUCCUAAAGAAAUGUAAGUUCAUUAAAAAUAGCACAAUAAGGAAUUUUAGU